UAUAAGGUAUAUUUUAUCGAUCGGCUAAAAGGAGGGGAUGAGCGAAUUCUUCAGUUUUUUCCGCGGUCAAACGCAUCCCGACGUUUGCAAAGAUAUGACGUGCUUCGAUCUGCAUCAACACUUUGCCAUUAAUCGAAUUCUUUUGCUCUUGGUCGGCUUAUGGCCUUAUCAGCAAUCGAACAUUGUGCAUCUUCAGAAAAUUCUGUUUUCCAGUAUUUUGUCGAGUUUUAUUUUAUUUCAGCUUACAUCAUUCUUAACCGCGAAAUGUACACCUGACUUCAUCGUCAAAAUUUCCUGUUCUGUAUUACUUUUCGCAAUUUACUUGAUUUUAUAUAACACAUUCCACUUUAAUACUAAACAUAUGAUACAUUCAUUGGAUCAACUGCAACACGUUUGUAAUGAGCUGCAAGACGAGAACGAAAUAGCUAUCAUUGAACGAUACGCGUGCAUUGCUGAACGUAAAACAAUUAUACUUACAGUGUUUAGCAGUGUAUUUGUUAUUCUUGUCCAGCCAACGUGGCCACGCAUCUUCGACACUUUUCUUUUAACGAAUAACUCUCUACCACGCCACAAAAUACAAAUCUUCACUGAAUAUUUCAUCGAUCAAGAAAGGUACUUCUACUUAAUUGCGUUGCACACGUUCACAGCCUUUUUAAUAGGCGUAAUAGUGACGGUAGCCACCGGGACGAUGAUCUUGACGAAUGUAAAACAUAUUUGCGGAAUGUUUCUAGUCGCUAGUUAUCGUAUCCAGCAGGCAAUAAAGAUUGAUGAUCGACGAAUCCAGAAGAACACUAUUUGCAAAGACAUCAUUUGCGCCAUUAAUAUUCACCGAAAAGCAAUGAAGUUUGCUGAAUUUAUAUUGAAGGAUAUUGAGAUAAUGCUGUUCGUUUUGGUGCUACUUUCUGUGAGUUGUUUGAGUCUUAAUCUGUUCCGAAUUUUUCAGAUUACAUCGUUUGGCGGCGAUAUCGUGGAGCUUUGGUUGCAUCUUGCAUAUACCAGUGCCAUUAUUUUGUAUAUGUUCGAAGCCAACCUCUGCGGACAAGAAGUCACAGAUCACAACAAAAAUAUAUUUUAUGUUACAUAUAAUGCCCACUGGUAUACAACACCACUGAAUAUACAGAAGUUGAUAAUAUUACUAUUACAAAGAGGUAAUAAACCAUUCUUCCUGAAUGUUGGUGGACUAUUUACAGUAUCUUUAGAGAACUUCGCUAUGUUGUUAAGCGCGUCGAUAUCUUAUUUCACUGUUAUGUACUCCAUGCAAACCAAAAAAAAAUAAUAUAGGCAUCUAUUGUCCAAUAGUAUAAUUCAAUAGAUUAUUAAAAGAAAUUUUCCUUUU